AUGAAUACCCAAGAUCAACAGCGACAACAAGAGCAGCAUCAACAACAGCAUCAACAGCAUCAACAACAACAGCAACAGCAACAACAGAAGCAGUAUGAUACUUUGCUCACUAAUUUGAUGCAGGAGUUUGAGAGGGAGGGACUGAAGGUCAAUCAGAGGGUUUCCCGAUCACAUGCCACACUCACCUCGACGUCGGGCUCGCAGGGCGGCACUCCCACCUCGACGACGCCGCUGCAGGGCAGCUCACUCCUGUCUUCAUACGACCCAAACACAGCUGGUGGAGCCAGUCCCUCGCUGCUGUCGCUCUCCACCUCGCUUCUCUCGCCACAGACCUCGCCCUGGAUACUGGGCUACGCCAUGGACGACAUGGGCACUCACGACGAACUUGCCAUCCUGCCAAUGUACUUGGUGCCACUACACCCAUUUGUCGACCCGACUGCACUGGGUCUGCUGUUGCACUACUUCCGCCCGCUCACACACCUUGCGCCGACCGCCAGCACGGUCGAGGCCAGCAUCCUGCUCUCCAAAGCCAUCCACUCAUUCUCCAACAAACACCGUCUGUUUGACCGCCUGUCGCUCAACAUUGAGCAACUCGUCUGGAUCAUCUAUCUCUUUGUGGACUACCAUCAUCAAUCACUCAAUCAAACAAUGACGCCCAUUGCCCUCUCACCUCCCAUGUUAUCAUCAUCCUUUGGCGAACCAAACACAACCAACAGCAGCAGCAUCAGUAUAAGUAGCAGCAGCAGCCUGUCAUCGUCUACGACACCCUCGACAAGGAAGGCGCACUUUGAGAUCAUAGACAGGCUGCUCGCACUGCAGACACCCUUCACAAACAACGACGACGACCUAUGCCACACACUGUUAAGCAAGCUGAACGCAUCCAGCACGUACAACGACCUAUCACAAGCAUUCAUCAGCAAGUCCGACUCGCUCAAUCUGCUUCUAGAGUGGACGCUCGAGCUGGUCGGACUUGGCAGCAAGUACAGGCGCACGCUGUCCAACGAGUCGCCGCUGCUCGAGCACGUCAACCAGCUGGUCUACCGUCUCAAGACCGUGCUGUACAGGAGCUACAACCUGGUCAAGGUUGGCGCAAUCGUUCCCUACUUAGUGGACCAGGCGCCGGCGUUCAAUGGCUUCCUCCCCAUCCCACAUCACAUGCUUCACUCAAUCGUUCAUGUACAGCGCCAGCCACAACAGGCGCAAACUCUGAUGCAGGCAAAGAGUCGUCGACAUCACGUGCGUUAUGACAGUCAGUCACCGGCACUCAACAAUCUGUUCGCACAUGCCUGCUCAAUGAUGGCGAUGGGCGGCAUGACCCCGGGUUCGACGCCCGCGACUCCCUCGACCGUCCCCGAGCUGUGCGCCGUGUUGAAGAAGCGCCUGUACAAGGACUCGGCCAUUCAUUUGGACAAUGUGGAGGUGAUCACGAUGGAUGAGUUCAACAGACGACGAGAACAAUAUCAGCAACAACAACAACAGUCGACUCUGCGACAAAGCAAUGUGGAGGAGUAUGAUGAGGCCGAGAUGGCCAGCUUCGACCUGAUCGCCAACGAGGACCUGAUGCUGUUCUAUGGCUACACUCUGGACGACUAUGACUACGUAUCGAUCGAUGUGCAGGUCUACAAGACGUUGGAGCAGCUAGAGCAGCUGGUCCAGGACGAUAGCGAGAUGGAGCGUGAGCGUCUGUUACAGGCAGCCAAGAUCAGCAUACUAAAGGAGCUGGGUGUCGGUGCCGCAUCGAUACGCGACGGCAACUACAUCGAGAUGUUGACACGUGACAAACCAUUGGGCAUCAAUCUGUUGGAGAUCACUCGUGUGGCCAAGCUGCGCGAGACUGAAGCGUACUUUUACGAGAGUGGACAAUGCGCCACAAUGAUCAGCCAGCGCAACGAGCUGGAGGUGCUCGUGUCCACCAGCCAGACGAUCCAUCGCAUCCUCGACGGCAUCUCUUCGUUCCUUCAGAACGUAUUCCUCUCUGUGAAUGGCGAGGGCAGCAUGCAGCUGCCUACGGAGCUCGAGCGAUACUACAAGAACCAUCAGUCCAUCCUGGAGCGCUCGCUGCAGCAGAUCAUCCAGCACAAGAACAAUCACUGCCGACUCGCCAACAAGACCGUGCAGUUUGUUCGCCCGUUGGACAGCAUCUACAAGAAGUUUGAGCGGUGGCUGGUCGAGGGCGGCGUGCUCUUCCCCAAGUUGCAGAUUGCCAACUUCUCCGAUGGCACAGGGCGUGGCCUCGUCACAGCCAAGAAGGUCGAGGAGAAUGAGUGCGUGAUCAGUGUGCCGCGUCGCUUCCUCAUCAAUGUACAAGUGGCGCGUCAACACGAAGUCCUUGGCAAGAUAUUUGAAGACUUCUCCGGACUCAACGACGACACCAUCCUCUUCCUCUUUGUCAUCUAUGAGAAGGAGAACCCCAACUCCUUCUGGCGACCAUUCUUUGACACACUCCCAUCCUACUUCCCAACAUCAAUCCACUUUACACCAACCGAACUUCUCGAGCUGGAAGGCACCAACUUGUUUGCCGAGACUAUACAUGUCAAGGAACACUUGCAAUCAAUCAGGGACAUGCUGUUCCCAGAGCUGUCGGAGCAGUAUCCAACGAUAUUCCCCGAGUCAUUGUUCUCAUGGGAGAACUUCUUGUGGGCUCGCUCACUGUUUGAUAGCCGCGCCAUCCAGCUAAAGAUCGAUGGCAAGAUUAUGAAUUGCCUGGUGCCCAUGGCCGACAUGGUCAACCAUCACGUCACGGCUCAGAUCUCCCAGCGCCACUUUGAUCAAGAGGCUGACGCCUUCAAGAUGAUAUCAUGCUGCAGCAUUGGACCAAGCGCGCAGAUCUACCUUCAUUAUGGGGCGCUACAGAACUGGGAGCUGUCGCUGUACUAUGGCUUCGUCAUACCAAACAACUCGUAUGAGAGCUUCCACAUUGGCUUUGACUUGCCUGACGACGAGGACGGUGGACACACCACGCAGGCCAAGAAGCAGGUGCUCGCGGACAACUUGUUGAGCAUCGACACACAUUAUCUCCGUCGCGAUGGCAUACCAAAGAAGGUACUGGCGGCGUUGCGCGUGGCCCUCAUGACACCAGAGGAGCUGAACCCACACGUGGACAUCUGGAAUCCAAUCUCGCGCCGCAACGAAGAGGCCGUGCUGCACACGCUCUACUCGACUGCACUGAUGCUCCUCAAACAGUUCACCUCGACGUGGGAGGAGGACAAGCAGCUAUGCGAGCAGAUGUCCUCGGACAACCCGCAACCAAUGCUGAUCGCACGCGCUGGUGUACAUGAUGGCGACGACCAUGAGGACAGUGACGACGAGGAGGAGCACGAGCACCAAUCGACCGAGCAGAUGAAGAUCGUGCUGCAGUAUCGUAUCGAUCAGAAGCUUAUCUUGACGUCAACACUGGAAAAGGUCACAGAGAUCAUGAAUGCAAUGGACAUUGAAGUGCCCAAGUCUCCCAGCGACUUCUCGGACGAUGAACACGAUGGAGACAUGUAUGAACAUCAUGAUGACGAUGAGUACUAUAGCGACGACAACGAAGAAGAUGAUGAUGAUGGAAGUACAGGCGACAACAUGUAA